AUGAACGCUCUCCAGGACGUCGAUGGACUUUCAGAAUGCAUCGGCAAGGCGAUCCAGGAACAUCUUGCUAGAUUCAAUAUCAACAUUGCAUGGCCGCAGCUCGACAACCUGGAUCAUCCCAUCCUUCGUGUCGAGGCUUUUCUUGAGGAAGCCGAUGCCACCCAUGCAGCGAGAGCGCAGUCCGAAAAGAUCGCAUCGGUGAGUUACAGAACCGUCGAUCUGGCGGGCAUGAGGACACCCGCCCCCACAGCAAGCCCAGCCGCAAUCGAUCUUCAAAACUUUGAUGAGACCUCGUCAAUGGACGAGUCUCAUUCGCGGGACGAGUCGUCCUCGUCGGUACAACAACCCCGCGAGCCCCGCAGGAAAGGCACUGGCGGUCUGAGGGUGUCGCACACUCAGUCAUCGUUUCAAGAAGAUCUGAGCGAACACCAACGGCAAAUGCAGGUUGAUAGCCGCAGCUUCCCAAAGCGGAAGAAGGUAGCAUCGGAGAAGUUUGUCUUCCAACCGUCCACUCUGGACAAGCUCAUCAUCGGCAUCUGGGAGCAAGUACACAGCACGCUCAACCUCGACCCGAAAGCGAUCUUUGAACAGUUCCAAGUAACGCCCAAUGGAUCCUCCAUGAGCAUGGGCAUGGUCGGCCAUGCGCAUACCGACGAAACACCUUCCGCCAUGGCAGUACUCAACAACGCUCCGAAUCCGAUAUCCGAAUCCUUCAGUCAGAUGAAUGUCUUUUGUCGCAAAGUUACACAAGCGAGUCGCGUGUGCCGGUCCAUCGAAAUGAUCGUACAAGCCCGCUGGGUCGAACUGUUUGAGGAGCAGGUGCUAUACCGGAGCCAAUUGAGACCAGAGCUGUCCACAACAAAGCAUAGGAAAGCUGUGUUCAUGGAAGCGUGUCAGGACUUCGAUUGGUCGGAAAAGGAACUACGCAACAAAAUGGCCAUUUGGCGUGGCUACAAAGAAGUGAAGGAUUCAGCAGGCUGGGCUGCACUUGUCUUCGCUGGCAUGGGCAUAUACCGGUUCUGCAAGUACCGAGUUGGGUUCGAUAAAGACGCCAUGCGCCGGCUACGGAAUCUGCGAAAACGUCUCGAAGUCGCGGCCGAUACCCUACAUCCCCAUUGGCGCCAGCUUUUGUCCAUAGUAGGCGAAUCGCAAACCCUUCAAUACCCUGGCCAUCCGCACGACUGGGUAGUCUUCGAAGACGGAUCAGAUCCUGUGCCACUGCGCCAAACAUAUCUGCUCCAAGACCCUUACUUUGCCUUCGAACACAUCGACGAGUCGAUCAUCGAUGAAUCAGUUUGGGGAUGCGAAGACCCACGCUGGACACCACAGUCGAGCGCAGUGACAAGACCAGGCGGAGCCUACAUCUGCGCCUUGUGUAACGAGCCGCAGUCCGACAAACCGCAAGACAACUCCUGUUUCUGUUUUCCGACCCUGUUCGGCUGUGUAAAGCGAAAGCCACCGCCUGUUCAGAUCCUGCGGACUUCCGAUGGCAGAAACAACGGUCUAGCUGCAUUGACCUCCUUCGACCGUGGUACAGCAAUCGGCGAGCUGGUUGGCCUGAUCACAAACGGUGUUAGACAUCUCGAUGUGCUGGAUAGCUCAACACCCCUGGCCAGCUAUCAAAUCUGGCAAGGAAGGGCAGGAAACUUCACUCGCUUCAUCAACCACAGCUAUACCCAGAGGGUGGUUCUGGUCAGCAAGGGGAUAGAUGCGGGAAAAGAGGUUACAUUGGACUACGGAGACAAGUAUUGGGCUGGGCUAGACAAGAGCUGUCUACACUCGAACCUGAACCAUCAGCGUGUCUGCGAAACAUCAACAACAACCAUGGCGACUUACGAUUACAGCGAGUCUGGCGCAUCCGACCAGGAGAUACUUGAGGCGCAAUCUGGGGCCAGAAAGAGAAGGAGACUGUCACCGACCGAGCCCGAGAGUUCAGCUUCCGAGGCUGAAGCUGAGAAGCCGCUGCCAGUAGCAGCACCAACGAUCUCGCGCAUCAAAGCGAAACAGCAAGACAAGUCGACGAAUACCGCCAGUUCUGCACCCAAAGUCAACCCGAAGCUGGAUUUUGCAACGCUCAAUGUAGCACCAUGGCUCUGCACUUCUUUGGCCAGCAUGGGAAUCAAGCGCCCAACGGGCAUUCAGGCAUCCUGUAUCCCUGAGAUCCUCAAGGGAAAGGACUGUAUUGGUGGAUCGAGAACCGGUACAGGUAAAACUGUAGCGUUUUCUGUGCCGAUAAUGCAGAAAUGGGCGGAGGACCCAAGCGGCAUCUUCGCCGUUAUCGUCACGCCGACCCGCGAGCUCGCGAUCCAGAUUUACGAACAAGUGAAAGCGAUCUCAGCGCCUCAAUCUAUGAAACCAAUCCUUGUUACCGGAGGUUCAGACCAGCGUUCCCAGGCCAUCGCUCUCGCAACGCGUCCCCACGUUGUAAUAGCGACACCAGGCCGUCUGGCAGAGCACAUCCGCACUUCAGGCGAAGACACCAUCUGCGGCCUCCGCCGCGUGCGCUUCGUCGUCUUCGACGAAGCCGAUCGUCUUCUCGCCCCAGGAAAAGGCUCCAUGCUGCCCGAUCUCGAGACGUGCCUCUCCGCUCUACCCCCCAAGGAAACGCGACAGACUCUCUUAUUCACGGCGACCGUAACCCCAGAGGUUCUAGCGCUGAAAUCGCAACCGCGCGCACCGGGUCGUCUCCCCAUCUUCGUGUCCGAAGUCGAUACAGAGGAUCUAGCAAUUCCGCCCAAGCUGCAGCAGAAGUACCUCCAAACACCUGUCACGCACAAAGAAUGCUACCUGCACGUCCUAUUGAACACGCCCGAGAACCUCAAAAAGAGCGUCAUAAUCUUCUGCAACCGUACCAAAACCGCCACGCUACUAGAAUACAUGCUGCGUUUCCUCGCUCACCGCGUAACAGCCCUGCACUCAGGCCUCAAGCAAAACGACCGCGUGAGCAACCUCGCUCGCUUCCGCGCACAAGCCGCUAGAAUCCUGGUCGCCACCGACGUCGCAGCCCGCGGUCUGGAUAUCCCAGAGGUAGCUCUCGUUAUCAAUUUCGACGUGCCCCGUGACCCAGACGAUUACAUCCAUCGUGUUGGUCGUACGGCGCGUGCGGGCCGGGUGGGAACGAGCAUCACGUUGAUUGGACAGAGGGAUGUGGAGUUGAUUCUGGCGAUUGAAGCAAGGGUGGGCAAGAAGAUGGAGGAGUUUGAGGAGGAGGGUGUUAGUGUUGAAGGAAGGGUGGUGAGGGAUGCGCUGAAGCCUGUGACGGAGAAGAAGAGGGAGGCGCUGUUGAGUAUUGAGGAGGGGAGGGAUGUGCUGGGGAAGCGCAAGGUGGGUAUGCAGAGGAAGCGGGCGGAAUAG